UUUCCUCCACUAUUUUGGAUCCACCAUGGGGCCGUAUGGUGGUCGACUACUCGUCGUCUGACGCCAAAUGUAAAUACAACAACCCCAUGUCUGCCUGGCCUAGCUGCAAAUCUUGACGUUUCUGCAACCAUGUUGCAAAUGAGAAAUCGGAUAAAAUACUGCUCCUUGGCUUUAGCCGCGGCCAGGCUGUUCUCGUCUGGACCAGUCAAGAACCCAGUUGUAUUCAUGGACAUAGCAGCUGACAAUGUACCAAUGGGAAGAAUCAUCAUAGAGUUGAUUGCAGAUGUCGUUCCAAAAACGGCAGAGAAUUUCCGAGCGUUGUGCACAGGGGAGUAUGGAUUUGGAUUCAAAGGAUCAGUGUUUCAUAGAGUGAUCCCUGAGUUCAUGUGCCAGGGAGGAGACUUCACCAACCACAAUGGGACAGGGGGCAAAUCCAUAUAUGGUGCCAAGUUUAGAGAUGAGAACUUCAAAUUAAAGCACACAGGGCCAGGUAUCUUGUCAAUGGCCAAUUCAGGGCCAAACACCAACGGGUCCCAGUUUUUCAUCUGCACUGCUAAAACUGAAUGGCUGAAUGGCAAGCAUGUCGUCUUUGGCCAGGUGAAGGAGGGCAUGGAAAUAGUCUUCAAGAUGGAGUCCUUUGGAUGCCAUGAUGGUGGUGUGAUCAAAAAGAUUGUCAUCACAGACUGCGGGGAGAUCAAGUAACACACAUACAUACACACACACAUACACACACAUAAACACUUUUUCAAACGCACAAAAAAGAAACAUGCACUGCAUAAUAGGAUCGUGGAGUCUCUUUAAGUUCUUUGGAUGCAACAUUUUUCUUUGUUUUUCAUGAAUGUGUAAUUAGCAAAUAUCCUUUAUUCUGAAGAAGCAAAUCCAAUAUUGUCUUGACCUAUUUUGACGAUGUUUAUUUUGUUCUUGGUGCAAACCCUGAUGAUUAUCAUAACUUCAUGUUCAAAGUCUUUAUUAUUCAUACAUGCAAGUUGUUGGAGGGAGGAGUUUGUCAUUUAUGCUUUUAAUUAUUGCUUUUAGUUAAGUGUAAGAAGACCAGUAGGAUUUGAAACUGAAUUGAAAGCUUUUAGUGCCAGAUGUCACUGCCAUAAUACUGUAAAUAGAUGUACUAAGUAACUAAUGAUACUGACAUGGGACCCCCUGACACUGACAAAUAAUGUUUAUGUUGUAUACCUGCAUUUACUGCCAAAUAAUUAAUACUUUUAUCUGAU